AUGAAAUACAAUUUUAUUUCUACUUCACAUUUUCAUUUCAUUUCAGCACCACUACGUUCAACUUCAAUUGAUAUUGAUUCGAAUGCUAAAUGGAUACAAAAUGGUCUCACUGUAGCUGGAGGAAAUGGACAAGGCAGUGGAGCCAAUCAACU